CUGAUCUUACUCUGAUCGAUUUGGGCUUAGCCCCCAAAUUCUCAGAUUUAUGGGGGCUGUAACCGCCUACUGCGCCGCCUUUGUCUAUGGAGGUGCAGUCCAUUGUACUGCGCGUCUGCUAGUAGAUUCUACUGUACUCAAUUUUAGUUAUGUUUAUUUUUCCUAGCGUCUUUUGUACUGUCAGAACAAGGAAUUUACGUAUCCCGCCUCAAUGGUAAUGACAGGAAAACAUGUGGAAAAAUAAAUUCUCCGUGUCGUACGAUAUCUUAUGGCAUACAACAAGUGUCAACUGGCUCAUAUAUCUACCUGGGUGGGUCAGCUACAUCCAAAAAUCCUUACACCUGCGAAGCUCUAGACCCAGGAAAUCCGGGAAUUCGUCUUACUAAGAGCGUAUCAUUCGUCAGUAUAAGAUCGCGUGCUUAUAUCUCGUGUCUCCAUAGCAACCCGUGGUUGGUCGACGGAACUAAAUUCAAAGACGGUGUACGAAUUGGCUUUUCCGGUCUGACUUUUCCGAAUACGUCUCUACGCCUUUUCGAUGCUUUGGUGGCAGUCAAUGAUACUGUAUUUGCGGAAACAAAACCUGUAAGCUUAGAUAUUGAAGUGUUAAAUCUGCCUCGGUUCGAUUUAUCGCUGAACAAUGUUGUUUUCCAACAAAAUGCAGCGUGCAUGACAAUAAAGCCUAGUAAGAGCAGCACGAUUUUUGUUAACAUAACGAAUACGCUUUUCUAUCAAAAUGGUAAUUUCUCUUCGAACACACCGUCUAUUCUUUCAUUAAAUUCCACACAAAAUUUAAUCAACAUUCAACUAAGGAACUGCAGUUUUGAGCAGAACACUUUUAAGAAAUAUGGAAUGAUUGUAGUUGUAAACCAAGUAGGAACAACAAACGUUUUACUAAAUCAAUUUAGAAUGGAAGAAAAUAGCCAUACGAGUCCAAGUAUUGAAGAAUAUGAUGGCUUAUUUCGUCUCCUAUCUGCUUGGGUAUUUAUAAGAUUGGAGUACGGGUUUGUUUAUAAAACAUCUUCUACUUUUCUAACUGUGACCGGGUACUCAGCGCAAAUCAACAUCUCAAACAUUCAGGUGGACGGAUUCUAUUCAGUCACUCGUGGAGGUGGCGUAAUUGACGUAAAUCAAAGUGAUUCAUGUUACUUAUCAAUCAAGGAUUCUUCUUUUCUUAAUGGAAACAACAAUGGUACCGGCGGUGUCGUUUCAAUUGUUGUGCCAAAUUUGGUGCUAACCAUUCAAAACUCGACCGUUCAGAAUAUUUCCAGUUCCAAUUCAGGUGGCGCAGUUUUUAUUCGAUCACUACGGAACGCAUAUUUACAAUCGUGGAAUCGUAGCAAACAUUUUUUCGUUGAUCUACGCAUAAUCAGUUCUUCGUUUUCAUAUAGCGUGUCAAGGUGGAGCGGUGGCGCAAUAUGCGUAUUCGCUGAACACUUAUUGGUAACUGUCCGUGAUAGUUCAUUUCUACGAAAUAGUGCUAGAUAUUAUGGCGGCGCGCUGUUGAUCCUUACGAAUAAUGCUGCUACAGUCAGCUUUUACGAUGAUUAUUUCCUAGAAAACAGUGCGUUUGGAGGAAUUAUUCAUGCAAUAGCCCGUCGCAGAGAGUCUAGAUUAAAUCUUUAUAUCACUAACGUUGUGUUUGUUCAGAACAAACUUCACGCAACUCUGCCAAAUGCUUACGGUGUUGUAUUUCUUCGGGCUCGAAAUACAAUAGUCAAUGCCAGAUUUAAAAAUACUCAUUUCAUUGAGAACUUGGCGAAGGAUAGUAGCUGCAUUUGCCUUUCACUUAGUCAAUCCACGUUAAAUUUUGUAACUCUAAAUACCUGUAUAUUUCGAGAAAAUGAUGGCUUAAUUGGAACAGUAAAUGUAGAAGGACGCACUGCACUAACGUGCAAACAUUCAAUCUUCGAUUCAAAUAGUAUUGCAACUGGUACUUGCGGGAAAGCGAUAAUGGUCCUCAGUAUAAUUAAUUCAAUGAUUUUCUUAAAGAACACGACGUUUGUGAACAAUUUGUGUGCAGCACUUGUGGUGGAGUUCAGUGGAACUUCAAGUCUAAGAAUAUUCGAUUCUGCAUUUGUCCGAAACAAGUAUAUGAGAGGUACUCCUGGAGCUCUGGGAAUAAAUUCUAACGACCAAACGUCAACGAUUAAAGCUUCUAUUAAAAGGGUAUUAUUCCAAGAAAAUGUAGCGUCAAUGGGAAGUGUUUUGUUAUUGAAUGACGGCGAAGUGACAUUAACGAAGUGUACGUUUUUCAAUAAUUUUGCACUUUUUCAAGGCGGUCAGAUUCUUAGCUCUGGGCGUGGGUCACUCAAACUGUUUAUACGCAAUUCGGUGUUUAAACAAACAAUUCAAAAAGUGUUAAUUAAUAAUACAAAGGGAUUCAUGGUCACUUCGUUCCUAAGGUUAUACAACUCUUGUACGCUAUCUAUUUACAACACAACAAUCACCUUGGACACAAAAUCGGACGAACCACCCAUUGUGGUAUCCAAAGGUAUAAUAUCAUUUGACAACGCCUCGAUUAGUACUUGCCCAGUUGGUCAUGAUAUUGAAAAGGCAAGUUUUCGUUACCCCGACAGUUAUUUGCAAAUUGAAUCUUUUACUUUGUCCUGUAAGGCCUGUGACUACAAUUUCUACUCUCUGCAAAGAGGAAUAGCAAGAGGACUAAAAAUAGACGAUAGUUUCGAAUGCACAACAUGUCCGCGUGGAGCGGACUGUGUUCCUGCCGUCAGGUCAAAGUCCAACUUUUGGGGAUACCAAAUUAGUCCGGCUCCUCCUAAACUAGCCUUUACAAUUUGUCCGUUCGGUUACUGCAAGUCACCGCCAGCUAACAGUAGUAAAUACAAUGAUUGCCAAGGAAAACGUACAGGAGUUAUGUGUGGAGAGUGUUCUCAAGGCUAUACAGAAGCGCUGUGGUCAACGUACUGUACACCAGUCAAAGACUGCCACGAUCAUUGGUUUUGGAUUCUGUUUCUAUUACUUGUCUUUUCUAUGGCUGUUCUUCUUGUUUUCAAUCCUCCGUUCGUAACGUAUUCUUUAAAACAGAUAUUUUGGUUUAAACGGUUUGCAGGCAGUCGUACAGCUAACAUUCAAGCCAAUCAUGACAUAAUUCGCUCCCUGUCAGUGGACGAAGAGACCGGACAGGAAAACAUACCGUUGUCUUCACCAGAACAACUCAAACAAGACAAAAGACAAUUUUCCCGGUUUGAGGAGAUUAUCUUCUACUUCUAUCAAAUAGCACAAUUGCUUCUUUCCUCGACUUCUCUAACAGAAUUUUUCGACUCCCAAUUCCUUGCACCUGUUCUGGGCUUCUUCAAUUUCCAACCAAGUUUUAAAAAACAAGGUUUUCUGUGUCCUUUUCCAGGUCUCACUCCAGAGACAAAGCUGGGUUUUAAAGUUGCUCCUGUCUUUGGAACUUUAGUUGCUAUUUUCUUUAUCUAUGCCUUGCAUUUCUUCUUCAGUCGUAUGAGAGGCGCUCUUCGUCCUGCUAUUUCUCCAUAUCUCCAAGCCAGUAUUAAAACUGUAUUCCUCGGCUACGUAACCUUGGCUACGGUCAGUAUUUCGCUCAUUCGCUGUGUUUUUGUUGCACGUGAAGCUCGAUGGUUCUACAAUGGAAAUGUCUUAUGCUACCAAUGGUGGCAAUAUGCAGCAUAUAUUUUUAAUGCUAUCUUUGUGGUUCCUUUCAUAUUUGUGCUUGCUUGGAUUUCGUUCAAACUUCACCAUGAUAAAAUAACAAUUCAACAGUUUCUUCUAGCCGUUAUCUGUCCCCUUCCAUUCUUGCUGCUAUGGAUUUUCCGCCUUGUUUGUCCAUCUCCAGUAGCGAAUGUAGAAGAUAACCAAAAUUUAAACGAAUUAAAAGAGAUGCUCUUGGCUUCUUACAGAGAUCCGAAAGAUGCAAGCAAACGAGUGGUUUUAUAUUGGCAGAGUGUCUUGAUUGCUCGUCGAUUUAUUUUGGUUUUAAUCUUCUGUGUCGUAACUGAACCAUCUAUCAGAUUGUUCUGCAUGACACUUGCUUGUGUUUCCGUGCUUUGCUGUCAUCUCCAGGUUAAACCAUUUCAAAAUUCGUUAGCAAACAAUUUGGAGUCUCUUUCUUUGUUGUUUUUGGUCAUUUUAGGCUUGAUCAACCAGUUUAAGUCUGUUUUCGUUGGUUCAGAACAAAAUAUCAAGGGUUCUUUAUUAACAGUUUUGAACGUUUUCCAAUGGCUAGAGAUUGUUAUGUUAGGACUAUUUCCAGCAAUUGUUUUGCUUCUUGUAUGCUUUGCAAUAAUUUCUGUUUUUGUUCGUGUUUUCUUCAUGUGCUUCAGGUCGAUUUUUAAAUGUUUGUUUAGACCUUGCGCCCAGAGACGGUCGUCAUGUGAUUCGAUCCGAUCCUCCCGUUUGUUAGACGUUUGUGAGAAUAUCGACGAUGAAUAUAUUUGUGAGAACUUCAUCAACUGAACUGAAAUGUGAGUUACAAGAGUAAGAUAAUAAAAAUUAUUAAUCCAGUGUACUUUUGGCAAAAAAAUUAGAUUAGAAUACCACAAUUAACUCAAGAAUUUUGACAUUUUUGGGCCACUUUUUGAGUUUUUGAAAAAGUCACAAAAAAUAGAGAACAUGAAGUGGGAUAGCCUUUACAUUGUGUUAAAAAAAAGUUAUGGGUUAGGCUUAUCUUUUGGUCGUUUUUGACACCUUACUUCGAAAACGUCGAACAUCGGCCAAAAUUUAAGGUGUCAACCUUUUUAUACUAUCACCGAAUAAGCAAUCGAUUUUGGCCAGUUUUAAUAAAAGAACGACAAAAGUGGGCAAAAUCUAGAAAAAGUAAAGACUAACACCUUGAAAUGUUAUUGAUUAUUACAGGUAAAGUUGGAUGGAUGCUCUAUAAUUCAGUUAAAGACAUGAUUUCAACAGGAAAGCUGAUGGCAAGAGAUAGUUUCCGAAAUGAAAGUUACUCAUUUUAGAAUGAUUACAUUCUCCGCUUCGAUUUCAAGCUAUUGUAUCGUGUGCACUGAAGCAAAUUUUGGAAGCGUCGAUUGUGUCUAAGAGAUAACAAAUAAUAAGGAAGGACAUUCAUUGUCAAUUUAUGUACUCCUACAUUUUACAUCUUAGUUAUUUAGCGUAUAAGUCGUUUAAGAACGAAAUGCUGCACCAAGAUAAGUGUAUCAUUGUAUUUAAGUAUAGGUAAUCAUGCGAUGGCGAGUAGAAUUAGGGAUUAAUAAUACGAGUGAUGUUUGGUGUUUAUUAUAAGGAUGACAAAAUUGGAUAAUUCUCAAUGUCAACAUCAUAUUCUCUCACCAAAGCCCAGUCCUGCCUGACUUUGAACCAAAAUUUGGUGUUUUUGUUCGUAUUUUCAUUAAGUUAUUUUGCUUUAAAUUCCUCUAGGGCAAUUUCAUUUGUUUUUAAAUACUUUUCCGCCAUUUUGUUUGUUUUGGGAAACUCAUUAAUUGUACUGAAGUACAAUUAAUGAAAUAAUUGUACUCCUCUCAACCAAUCAGCGUCCAGUAAUUUUGUCAUGCUAAUAAUAAGUCUACGUAUAAAGCACUGAUAAUAUUCAUUGUAACUGCAUGCAACCAAUAAUUGUAUAACAUAUACAUGGAUUAUCAUCACCUGAUCACUGAACAGGUUAAAUUUCUAUGUAAGAAAUGUAUGUAUCCAUAUAGGCGUAUGGCGUGGAAAACUUGGGGGCGGGGGAGGGGGCAGAAAGAAAUUUUCCCGACUUUUGUAAAAAAAUAUUUUCCUGCUAAGUAGACGGCUGAGAGACGGGGAGAGGGAGGUGGUUGGAUAUAUUUUUGAGGGUCUUAAAAUUUUUCGAAAUCAUACAUAUUUCUUGCAUAUUCGACUAUGCCCCGCCUCGUACGCUAAUGUAUAUGUAUAUGUCAGAGAUAUUAAUGUCAUUUUAAAAUACAGAUU